AUGGCGUCCAAAAUGCGACCAAGUCUCCCGUUUGCCGCAAUUGCGCGACCUGUCCGCCGGCGCACAUCAUGCUUCGUUUUCUCGAUACCAGCCUGCUCGCAACAAGGGCCCCGACGGGCAAUGUCCACCGAGACGUCGACAGAGGAAGGACUUCCAGCACCUCCUCCGGCGCCUUCACCUCGAUGGAAGCAGACUCCACCAGCAAUGAAAGCGCCCGUUCGACUACGUGGAUCUGGGUCUGAGCCACAAUUCGAAGUGAACUCCGAUCCCGAAAAGCUAGAUAAAUUCUACAUUCGGAUGCUAGGAGAAGGAGGUGAUAAAAUGCUCUCUGAAGAGGUCAAAUGGCAGGCUGUGACACACAAGAGCUUUGAUCAAGGAAGGAGAGGGUUCAAUGAUCGAUUGGCUUACCUAGGGAAACAUGCGGUGGCCCUCCAAGCAACGCUCGCGCUCAUGCAGAACCCCGCCUCUCAUUCACAAAAACUACCAGAAGAUCCUCACAACCGGACACCAUUUGCGCACCCGGCGUUGGACGAGAUAGAGGUAUUGUCCAGUCCCACGGCGGAGACGUUGACAGAAAAGAAAAGAAUUGCUGCACUAGCUAGACAGUAUGAACUUGAGGGCGUAUUGAGAUGGCUACCUAGAAUGCCCCGACAUUUUACUCAGUCCGGAAUUGAUGUCGUUUUAGCGCAGACAAUGUAUGCGAUCGUUGGUGCUGUGACACUUGAACGGGGCGGCGCCGUUUCAAACCGAAUCGUGCGAGAGCGUAUAUUGAAGCCCCUGGGGUUCCAAAUUGGUGGGUAA